AUGCAUCCCCGAUAUGCCUUGUAUUUCAUUGUUUUGUUGGCGUUGUUUUCCUCUCUAACGCUCAUUCUCUAUAUUAAAUAUUAUUCAAGCAAGACACAAAUGAUUAUUGCGAACGCGAAUACAAGUGGACAACAUCAUCACGGUAUUUUACAUCCACCUCCGAAUAAUCAAAAGAAUACCGAAAGAAUUUAUGAUGCAACACAAAAAGAUGUUGAAAAACAAUCGGAUCAUGCCUCAUCAAAUAAUAAUGAGGAAGAGAAGCCCUCUAUUCAAAAGCAAACAUCGUUGGGUGAUUCACAACAAUCUGAGACAAACAAAACACAGAACGUUCAACAAGUUGAUUCACGAAAAUUUAAUCACAAAACCGAUAUUAUUGACGGAUUUUAUGAUGAGAAAAUUGAAUUAACUGUUGGGGAUGUUGUAAAGGGCGUGAUGAAUUCAAAAAUUGAUGAGCAAGUAACAGAGGAAGAGGCAGUAAAUUUCCAAUUCACAAGAGAUCCUUCAAAACAUAUCAAAUGCAGAAACACUGUCCAAGGAGCUGAUUAUAUUACCGACUCUAGAGGAUAUAUUUGCAGUAUCAUGCAUGUUGAUCCAAAGACCCACUGUUGCAGAACAGACAUCAACCCAGAACAAGCCAAAAAGGAUGGUCUUCCUCCCGUGGAGAGAUAUUCUUGUUCAACCUGUAAUACUAACAAUCAAUGUUGCUCUUCGUAUGAACAUUGCGUCAGUUGCUGUAUGGAUAUUGACAAGAGAGAUGAUUUGCGAAAAAUGUUCCAGCAGAGAAAGGACGACAAGUUAUUUAAGGGUGUAAAGACGGUUUUUGAACUUUGUUUGUUGAGGUGCAGGACUACAUCAAGAAGCGUACAAAACGAAAAUAGAUUUAAAGAUCCAACCUACAGAUACUGCUAUGGAUCCAUCAACUAG